UCAUCGAAUCUGAAAGCCUGGCAUUUUAGGGACCAAACCACAACCUCUGCUGAAAUCUCCCAAAAUACCACCACUGAUUCCCAGCAUGCAGCCAAACCCUGGUAUGAUGCAGAUGUCCCAUCACCAGCAGAUGUCCUGGAGCGGUCCGUUUGACGGUUGGGCGGGAGGACGGAAGAGACACGCUGAGGUCAUGGGAGGACGUAGAGGUGGACGCUGGGAGGACGGCGGCGGAGGGCCGUGGGGAGGAGACGCCAUGCACCAAAAACGAAAAAGAUGGAGGCCUGCCUCAGAGGAGGAAGCGCCCAAAAAGAGCAGCUCCGUAUCCACACACAGCGCUCCUUUAUUCUCCAGUUUCUCCAGGGACACCCAGGCCUGUGAUUAUCUGGAGCUUCAGCGGCGGUACCCAAACCUCCACCUGUCCUCCAACCUCUUCCACCUCCAGCUGUCCUGGACCCAGAGUUUCCCGCUCGAGCAGCCUCUUCCUCUGAGAGGACCGUGUCACUUUCACGUGGGAUCAAACCAGCCGGAGAGAGAAGCAGAUGUUUGCGAGUCCACAGAUGAUGCUUUCUCUGUUAGGGUUCUGCUGUUUUCUGUGCCGGGUCUUGAGGACUUGUACUCACAGUGUUGUAACCUCUCAAAGGAGGCCGUACAUCCCACUGCACUUCUCAAAUUUGUGAUGGUGGACAGUGGAGGUGAACUGCGGCUUCCGGGGGGUCACUGGUCACCUAAAGCGGACGGAGCGCAUCCAGCGAAGGACAGUUCGACGCUGGUCAACACUGCGGUCCGCUGCAUAAAGGAUCAAACCGCUCUGGACCUGUCAGCCUGCACACAGUGGCACAAGAUGGCAGAGCUGAGAUAUCUUUUCGGAGAUAAAAUAGAGACCGUUGUGGUGCUGUUGCCAGAUGUGUGGAAUCUAGUACCAGCAGAAGAAGACUGGGCAAAAUUACGACAAAAAACGCUGGAUGGUGAUUUGUCACUUCCAGAAGCUCCCUCCGUGGUUUUUCACCCCUCCGCUGGACUCAAUCUUUCUGUCGUGUCUCUGUCUUCACUGCUGGAGCCCCAGACGCCUCAGACACGGGACAGCUGUGAGGUGAGUUUGAUGGCGGAGAUGUUCAGCGAGAUGCUCCAGAGGGAUUUUGGGCUUCAGCUGUAUCAGUGUCUGUGCCGUCUGCCUCAGGACCCCAGUGUCCCGCUGACUGGCGUCAAAGAGGACAGCAGCGCACCCAUGGAGGAUGAGCCCAAAAAAUCUGACAAACAGACGGGAAAAAAGAAAGGAUUGAUCGAUGCGAAGAAGAGGAAACCCAAAGAGAAGGAUGAGGAGAGAGAGACGGAGUACAAGGCACACGUGGACAAAACUGAAAAACAAUCUGAGCAUCUAAAAGAGAGUAAAAGUCAAAGUUUAGGAGGAGACGGGCAGAGCAGCAGCGCCUCAGACACUCAGCCGUCAAAAGAUAGCGAACGUCCUCUGGGCUGGACGGCUCAACUUCCUCGUAAAGUGCUUCUGUCCUGGGUGUUCUUUGACCGUCAGCUGACAGGAAGUCUUCGAGAGCAAGACCUGAUCAACAUCCUGCUGUCUCUCGGCCUGUUUCUCAGUCCUGCUCAGGCGCAGGAUCUGGUCAGAAAGGCUGCGGUCGGUGGGCUUUGCCUCUACAGAAAUCUGUGCAGUCGCUGGUCAGACGCUGAUCAGACAGACAGCAGCGCCAGUGCUGAGGGAAAUAAAGCCAUGUUGCCCGGCCAGUCAUGCAAAGAGGGAGCAUCUGCCCAUCGCACCGCUAACACAGAUCUGGUGAACUACAGAGGGAACGUCAUUAACUUACCAAACCUACUGCAGACGCUGGAGAGCAGCAAAGCGGCCCAACGGGAACUAGAGAAGUGUGUCAGCGCACUACAAGCCAGACUCGAGGCAGCAGAAGCGAGGAAGGCGUCUAAUGAAUCAGAGCAGGGCCAUCAGAACGAGCUGAAGAGGAAACUGGAGAAAUCCGAGACACUUAACAAAACAUACGAGAAGACUCUGAGAGAAAACAGCACUCAGAUGAUCUCUGUCAUUGAGAAGAUGCAGAAGAUGGUCGAACAGACAUCAGCCCUCACAAAUGCAGGGAAGGAUGAGAAGGCGUAGAGACACAGACGCUCCUCAGAUGGCGUUUGGACCGAGGAGAGUAAAAGAAACCUGCAAAAGAAAACAUUUUUGUUAGCUUUUAAAAAUGUUCUUUUUUUUGGCUGGCUGAAUAAAUGUUUUCAUGCACAUAGAUAUGAAAAGAACUGCAUUUGUGGACAUUUGUAAAUGUUUUUAUUGAUAAAUAGGUUUUGCUGGCUUAUUUUAGAAUGCAUAAGCAUUCAUAUGAAACUAUGUCAUGUGCUUAAUAUGCUAAGGAAAUGUUGUGCUUUAUUUAUUUAGUUUUAUUGAAUUUGAUUUGGUUAUUCAAUUCUGGCAGCUAGAAAAAGUGAUCCUUCCACACAACUGACAAUUUCAUAAACAGAGAUGCAGAUCUGCAAACCUGUUCAUAGCCCGGUAUAAUGAAACUCUAAUU